AUGGGUGUUGAUAAUAUCGAUACUAUAAAAUUCAUCAUCUGGAAAUUCAUGGUGGAGCAAGGUUUGGAACAUUCGGCCUUCUCAUUUUUUCACGAAGCAAAUGUGUCACAUUCAAAAAUAUUGGAUGGCGAUGAUAAUUGUCCAAGAGAUGCUCUCAUAAUGUUGCUCAAUGUUAGUUUUUGUUUUAAAAAAAACUGGGAUUUUUUUGAAAUGAUAAAAAGUUGCAAAAACUCGGGUUUUUUCAGCAUUCUAGUGAACUCCUCAAUUAUUCGGAUGAAGAAGAUGAGGAACCAGAAGAAAAUCAUCUAAUCAAAAAAGCGCGUUAUCUUCAUGGAUUGGAAUCUUUGACUCGUACAAGAGAUGUUGGAAAGGCUCGUCAUAGAGAGCCAUUCUUCAAACCAUCUAGCCAAUUUCCGAGUAAUUCGAUUCUUUUGAUGAAUGGACAUUCUACUGAAGGUGUUAGUUGUGCGUGGCAUCCGACUGAAGAUUGUAUUCUUUCAACGUGAGUUUUUAAUAUGAAGUUGAAUUUAAGGUUUCACAAAAAUGUAUUCGUUCCAAAGUUCAGAAACUCAAUAUGCUUAAGAAUAGUGAUAUGUUUUGUAGAAAAAAAAUUAAAAAUUGUUCAAAUACUACUGGUGUUUUCAGAAUCUUACUACAAUCAUUUUUUUUUAGUUCUGGUGGUUUCAUAUAUGGUCAAGAUUCAACAGUUCGAAUUUGGAAUCUCAACACGCAAGCUGAAAGAUGGACAUCCGCCGAACAAAUUCUCAAAGAUUCGCCAGUUUUUUGUAAAAAAGACACUCCUGUUUCGUGUGCAUCAUGGUGUACAAAAACACAAGAUAAGCAUAUUUUUGCAAUGGGAACUGACUCUGGAGAAGUUGGUUUAUAUCAACGAGAUUUUCGCAAUAUUAGUAGUACAAAUGUUGAUGGAAGUGUGAAAUUGUUGACAUGGUCACCGGAAACAGCCGAAGGACCCGAUUAUCUUGGAUGUGCCACUUUUGAAGGCGAUAUUGUUAUUUUUGAUUGCACUGAUCGUUUGAAUGGUGAGUUCUUGGAUUGAAUAUUUCUUUUAAAUUUAUCCUAAACUUAUUUUGGAAAUUUUGACUUUUGACUGAUUGUCAUGAAGGAAAAAUCUGGUGAUUUGAACUCUCUUUCAAUUUUGAAAAUUACUUCAAUCAAAAUCAAACUUCUAGCUACUUCAAUAUUCACUUUUUCCAGGCCUCAAACAACCUGUGAAAAAACUCAAGAAAUCAGGAUUCAUUAGAGAAAUGUAUUUUUUGAGUCACGACACUGGAAAAAUUAUAGUCGAUGAUGAUAAGGUUCUUUAUCUUUAUUCACUCAAGUCAGAUGAACCUGUUCGCAAAUUUUUUGGGCAUCGUGAUAUGAUCCUUUCACACACACCAGCUCCAAAGUAUAACCUGUUCUCAUCAAGUGCGUUAGAUGGAACAGUUAGAGUAAGUCAAACCUGAAACAGUUUUAAAAUUAAAUAUACUAACUUUUAUUCAUAGAUUUGGACACCUGAUCAAUCCAUCGCAAAACAAACUCAUCAAUUGAGUGGAUCUGCUUUGUUUUCCCGCUGGAGUCCAAAUUCUGAAACAAUUAUUGCGUAUGUUUUUUUUUUCAAUUUUUGUUUGAAAAUAUGAAUACUGAAAUGUUUCAGGCAAUCUGAUGAUUUGGUUGUAACUCAUUUCGACAUUCCAACUGGAAAACGAUUGAAAGAAAUCCUUUAUUGUCCCGGAACCGAUGCUGAGUUCUCACAUAAUGGAAAUAUGUUUGCAGUUGGUUGUGAUGAGGGAAUGGUGUAUGUUUGGGAUUCUCGAAGUUAUGAAAUGGUGCGAGUUCAGAAGAGAGAUGAUGAUCACACAAGAUUGGUUGAAUUACAUUGGUCACACGAUGAUAAGAAAAUUGCCGCGAUGUAUGAGGACGGAGGAGUUCGUUUAUUCGAUAUGCGAGUUUGA